GCGUGUGAGAGAGAAAGGGAGAAAGAGAGAGCUCAGCCAGAUCAGAACUAUACACAAGUCGAAGGUGAAUAUACUAAUAUAUGUAUUUACUGGCUAGCUAGUUAAAACGAAUUUGUUUUCACUUAUCAGUGAUACCGAGAGGACGGACGUGUGUUUUUUCUUUCUUCUAUAUUCCCCAGUUCCCUCUUCAUGCCCUCAGUAAACGUCGCUAGCUAGUUGGGUGGCCAGUGAGCGUACUAGUCAACACACGAAGAAACAAGCCAGGAGUCUGUUUAUUAAUUUAGCUUCCUACCUGGUAACCCGAACACUAUCUUUGUCUAAACGGGCAGCAAGUUAAUAGCCGAGUAACUUUAAAAAGAGCCGCCCGGCUGAUGGUGUGAGGAGGGGAGAGCGGCCGCCUGUUAGUGCCGCGGCUGGCCGGGCAGUCGGGCGCCGCCAACGCGGCCCAAUUCCGGGGCUUGGUUCGUCUCCGGGCUGUCGGUGAGCUCCGUGAACGGCGUGUUUCUCUACCAGUUGUAUCGGGGCACAAUUUGUGUUGAUUAUUUUGUACUUUGUUCAUGGCGACACAUAAGUGGAAACGUGUAUCUCCGACUAAAAGUGUGUGGGGGGGGUCUCCGGUUAGCGGACACUUGUUGAAUGUAGUCAGGCGGAAAAUGGGCUGAACUGAAACUUUUUAUAAACUUGUCAUGUCUGACAGUUCAUGCUCAGCUCGCCGAUUUCUUCGGCAGUGCUUAUUAAUGUUGGUUUUUAGGGUCAGAAGUUAGCUAAAACCUUUUUAAUCCUGUUUAGGUGAUCGGCGUGACUCGAGGUAACAUCCCGUCGUAAGUUUCUUCCCGUUGGCUCCGUCGAUAUUUCACGCAGCUCUCCCUGAUUUCGGGACCCGUAGCUGAUAAUGUUACCCCAAAAUUAAAAAUGUUAAAGUUCGCCUUUCUGGUCGGCGGGGUGGCUGCCAGUGACGCAUUUUGUUGACAUGCGCCGACCGUGUCCGCCUGUCCGAUCUUUACCAAGGUAUUGCGGAGCUGCUUAAGAUAGCUGUCAAAACUACAGCUAAAAUCACGUCAUUGUGUUUUAAAAACACGGUGCAAUGGCAGAAUAUUUUUCCGUGUAUGCGAUCUACAAACGAGGCGUUUAUUUGCCAUAUUUAUGCUUAGCUAUUUAAAACAAUGAUGGCAGUUGUGACUAGACACUUGUUGCUUGGUGCCAACUGAAACUUACCAUCGUUUGAUUAACGUUGCUCAUUUCUUAGUCGAUGUGUUACUCUGAUUUUACUGCAGCUUGCUUUCACGAUUGCUCAUUUUCGAGUAUUCAAAUUGCCAUGUAUUGUGUGUUCAAAGAUAGCAUACACAGGGCUGGGAGAUGUAAUAAAUUCAGAAUUCCAUUGUUAAGAUAUGUGUUUCUAUUCGCCAUCCCUUCCCCUUUGCCUUUGUAGCACGAAAUGAAUAUUUACCGCUCCCCAAUUAAGAUGUCAUUCAGCAUGCGGACAUUGUUCAAUGAAAGCUUUUUUUGUCGUUGAAGAUGCGUGUUUGAUCUUUUAAUCAAAGCUCGGUUUUAAUAGAAGACGGACCAAGAAAGGCUGUAAGGACCAUCCCUUGCUGCAGUAAUCGAGACAAAUAUGACCAUGAACACCUCUUUGGAAUGUUUUCUCUUUUUUCUUGUUCUUAGUAUACAGGCAUAAUAUUUUAAUCAGAGAGGAGAAAGUUUGUGGCCUUUUGGUGGUUUUUGCGUGUUAUUUAUUUAUGUCCUUUAUUUUUUAUUGUAAACUUGCUAAUAUUUAAGGUGUUUAAGUUACCUUUUAUUGUUCGUAUAUAUGCCAUAGUGUACGACUAAUUUCAUCAGUUAUUUUCUGCAUGAUAACUGACGCACGGUGAUGGUAUUUAAGAAGAAAAGGAAGUUUUUUGGUUUAGUUCUUUGCAUGGUGGAGAGAGUAACUGAUUGCCCUUGGGGGAUAAGUGCUCCGCUGGGUCUGAUAUGAAGUUGAAUAGAAGACUACGAUGCCUCCUGUUGCUUGCCUGAAUUGCAGAUGCCUGUUGGGCUUGUCCUUUGAGGUUGGCGUCUGUGCUUUGGCGAUAAGGUAAUACUCACAAGCAGAGCCAAAGACAGAAUGAGCUUCAGAAUAUCAACAUGGAUCUACUCGGUGUUUGAAACUAUGCUAUAGGCUUCAGUAUGCAGAGCUCGGAGGGAGGGUCCGACUCGGCGUCCAGCGGACCCCUGCGCACGUCCACCUCGGCCCAGGCCCCCGUGGUGCAGGCCGUGCCGGCUUCGCAACAGAGGGUGCUGGUGCAGGCCGCGGGCUCGGCCCAGAAGAGCACCUCCACACAGCCACUGCCGGUGCCCAGGGUGCAGCAGGUCCCUCAGCCGGUGCAGCAGCAGGUCCAGCAUGUGUACCAGUCCCAGAUCCAGUACGUGGAUGGCAGCGAGGCAGUGUACACCAAUGGAACCAUUCGCGCAGCCUAUUCCUACAACACCGACGGGCAGCUGUACGGCCAGUCCAGCGGAGGGGCCUACUUCGACACACAGGCGGGGGCCGGUACGCCAGUCACGGCUGUUGUGUCGUCCGCCGGCGGCAGUGGAGGCGGGGGCGGCGGGCCCCCCCACGGCAUGGUGGGCAUCGCGAUGGAUGUGGGCGGCAGUCAGAUUAUCUCCAGCGGGGGCAGCGCCUACCUCAUCCACGGGAGCGGCAUGGAGGGCAGCCGGCACCACGUCUCCCACUCCGCCCGAGCCUCGUCUGCCAUGCUUGAAAUGGCGAUUGAAAACCUCCAAAAGUCUGAGGGGAUAGCAACUCACAAAAGCACCCUGCUCAACAGCCAUCUCCAGUGGCUGCUGGACAACUACGAGACAGCAGAGGGCGUCAGUCUGCCACGCAGCUCCCUGUACAACCACUACCUUCGGCACUGCCAGGAGCAGAAGCUGGACCCGGUGAACGCCGCCUCCUUCGGCAAGCUUAUCCGCUCCGUCUUCAUGGGGCUGCGCACGCGCCGCCUGGGCACCAGGGGGAACUCCAAGUACCAUUACUACGGCAUCCGCGUCAAGCCCGACUCGCCGCUCAACCGGCUACAGGAGGACUCGCAGUACAUGGCCAUGCGACAGCAACCCGUGCACCAGAAGCAGAGGUUCAAGCCGAUGCAGAAGGUGGACGGCGGGGUGGAUGGCCUGUCCGGGGCGGGGCAGCACCUCUCCAUCACACCCGAGCAGUCAGUAGCUGCCCAGAGUCAGCAUCACCAGCAGUACAUCGAUCUGUCCCGCACGCUGCCGCCGUUCCCCACCCCCAACCUGGACUCCCACCCGCUGCCCGACUGCCUGACCAUGAGCGAUGUGAAGAAACUGCAGGGCCUCUACCGGGACCACUGCGAGGCCACUCUGGACGUGGUGAUGAACCUGCAGUUCCACUACAUUGAGAAACUCUGGCAGACCUUUUGGUAUUCAACAGCGCCCUCUAGUGAUGGACCCACUGCACUUCCUAAUAGCGAGGAGGAACCCGAGGGAACCCUCUCCAGGGAGAAGCUGGUGGCCCUGUGCAAGUACGAGCCCCUCAAGCUGUGGAUGCGGAGCUGUGACCACAUCCUGUACCAGGCGCUGGUAGAGAUCCUCAUUCCCAACGUGCUGCGACCCGUCCCCAGCACCCUCACUCAAGCCAUAAGAAACUUUGCCAAGAGUCUUGAAGGCUGGCUGACUACAGCCAUGAGUGACUUCCCCCAGGACAUCGUCCGCUCCAAGGUUGCGGUGGUCAGCGCCUUCGCGCAGACACUGCGCAGAUAUACAUCCCUGAACCACCUUGCGCAGGCGGCACGCGCAGUCCUACAGAACACCUCGCAGAUCAACCAGAUGCUCAGCGACCUCAACCGUGUGGACUUCGCCAACGUGCAGGAGCAGGCCUCGUGGGUGUGCCAGUGCAACGAGAGCGUGGUCCAGCAACUGGAACAGGACUUCAAGGUGACGCUGCAGCAACAGAGCUCCCUGGACCAGUGGGCGGCCUGGCUGGACAACGUGGUGAACCAGGUGCUGAAGCCACAUGAAGGCAGCCCCAGCUUCCCCAGAGCCGCCCGACAGUUCCUGCUCAAGUGGUCUUUCUACAGCUCCAUGGUGAUCCGCGACCUGACCUUGCGCAGCGCUGCCAGCUUCGGCUCCUUCCACCUCAUCCGUCUGCUCUACGACGAGUACAUGUUCUACCUGGUGGAGCACCGCGUCGCCCUGGCGACCGGGGAGACGCCCAUCGCCGUCAUGGGAGAGUUCAGUGAUCUCAACUCCAUGAUGCCCACGCUUAUGGAUAAAGAGCCGCCGUACCCUGACGACAUGAGCGAGAUGGGAAGCGAUGGCGACACUUCCCAAAGGACCGGUGAGCCCACGGUCAAGAGGGAGCGUGUGGAGAUCAAUCACUCUCUGCAGGAGAUCUGAGCAUAAAGGUGCUGGGCCAGCUGCCACAGCGCCCUCUGCAGGCCGGGAGGUCCACCAAAGGAGCAGCAGGAGCAGUGUAUGAGGUCUCCAUCUGGACUUUCUCUCCAAAGGGCCAUCCAUCUCUCAGAGAAACAAGUGCUACUAUGGGAUUUUGUGGGACUUUGACUGGGGGGUUGGUUCAGAUUGUUACCCCCCCCCCUCCCAAUUCCUCCUCUGUAUUACAAAUUAAACUGUGAAUAUAAGGACAUGCCUUGUACAGUACUCACUUUCUAUACAAAGUAACCUUGUAUGGUUGGUUGGUGGUUUGUCUACUAUAGGUUUUAUUAUUUUUUUUUUCCUCUUCCUGCAGUGCCUUAAAUGGAAAAAGCUCCAGCCCCCUCCCACAGCUGUGCCUCUCUCCCUCCCCCACAGUCUGAAUGUAUCAUUUCGGAGCCUGACUUGUUCUCAGGCGUAGCUGAAAAUGUACCUUAAUCUGUGGCCUCGGCUGUGCUGAGCAGCUCAGCGCACAGUGAUGCAACCCCCCUCCCUCCCCCCCAACCAAAGGAUUUUUGCUCUUCACUCGAAUGUGAUGUGGUCCUUUUUUCCAUAAGCCGCUGAUUGUACGACAUCUCCUUGUGAAUCGAUUGUACGUGACCUAUCCUGAGAAUGUGAGGUCGUCGUGACCUUGCGAGUUCCCGCCGUCUUUUUUUUUUUUAAAGUUUCUCGCAGUAUGUCUAACGCACGGGUGAUAUAUAUUAGGACGUCAGUGUUUCCCGCGCCGCUAACCACUCGACACUGAAACCCCUCACCAUGGCGAUCGCUGCUCUGAGUCUGCUACUGUCGUUCUAGCCCAGGUGACAUUACUGAGGGAGGGUUAGGGUCUUCACUCCAGCUUUGAAUGUUGAAAAGUGGUGCUCCAUUCUCACCUCGUUUUCAAGCGCUGAAACUUCCCCUCAGACUAGUCCAGCCUCUGGCACCAGUGGCAGUAAAUGUGGCCUUCAUCUCCAUCAGAUCUAAGAUGCUUAUCGAAGCAACAGUUUGGUGUGGUUCUAGAAAUGCCAGCCGUCGACGAGCCUCCAUCUGUACGUUUCGUCUGGAAGCAGUUUGUGAUGUGGGAAGACCGGUCUUAACCCUGGAACACACCAAGCCGACAUACUGCCGUCGGGCUGUCCCGCUGGGCCGGUGCCGUCGGACGUGGUCAGUCCCCAUCGGCGCUCUUUUGGCUGAUUGAACAUGGGUGUCAAAGCUAGUUUGGUGAAACGUAGCUCUCCGAAUGCAUUGUAAGGCAUCCAUCAACUCUGUGAUGAAACCCAAGUUCAUAAUCGAUGGGAGCCGAUCAUUCGGCGGCCAUGGUCAGCGCUUGGUGUGUGGCUGGUCUUUCCCAGUGUUUGUCCAGUCUGCCUUUGACCCCAGGUAACCCUUUGGUGAUCCUUUCUGUCUCUCUUUCUCUACUUCUCCCUCAUUUACCAUUACACCCACAGCUCUCUCUUAUAGCUGUUUACCCCUUUUCUUGCUGUAUAUUCAGUGUAUUUCAAGACAUUUUAUAAUAAAUAAUAUUAAAAUGUCACGAUGCUUCUGAAGUGAUUGCUCCUUGGUAAAACAAUUGAACUGCAGUGUUUGAUUGCAUUUUGUGAUACUCUUGUUAUUUGAAGACCUGUCAUUUAGUUACGUCACUCCAUAUCUCCCCCCCCAAGGGUUAGUCAUGUCCCACUAUUGUUACCUGUUAAGAUCCCAGUGAAGGCAGUGUCUUCUAACUUGUAUGAAUGUUGUGGAAAACUAGGGCUGAGGGUGCGUUAGGUUUUGUUUUUUUUUUUUUUUACUUAAAAAUGUCAACUACACUUUGCAUAGCCUGGAGACAUGCUGUGGUCUUUAACAAAACUGCAUAGUUAAGUUGUAUUUUGUACCUUCUCAGAAUGUCAAAAAAAUGGUGUAAACAGGUUUGGUUUGUUGUUGAUUAGACGGGGAUCUAAUAAAAAAUGAAUUUGUCACCUUU